AUGGGCGAGACCAUGUCCAAGAGGCUCAAGUGGCAGCUGGGCGGGGAGGCCGACAUGGAGGAGCGCGCCUUCGCCAACCCCUGCCCGGACUACGACGCCGCGGCCUCCGCCGCGCUCGCCGCGGGGGCUGCCGACGACGCGGGCUACGCGCGCGCCCCUCCCGCCGCCGACCCGCCCGGCCUGCCGUUCCAGGACGACGGCAGGAUCACUCAUAAUUUUACAAGGCAGAUCCAGAACAAAAUAAAAGAUCUUCUACAGCAAAUGGAAGAAGGACUCAAGACAGCAGAUCCGCAUGACUGCUCUGCCUAUACUGGUUGGACAGGCAUAGCCCUUCUAUACCUGCAGUUGUACCGGGUCACAGCUGAUCAGACCUACCUGCUUCGAUCCUUGGAUCACGUCAAGAGAACACUUCGGAAUCUCAAUGGCCGCAGAGUCACCUUCCUCUGUGGAGAUGCAGGGCCUCUGGCUGUUGGAGCUGUGGUCUAUCACAAACUCAAAAGUGAGAAUGAGGCACAGGAAUGCAUCACAAGACUUUUACAGCUCCAGAGAACUGUCAUCUGUCAAAAUUCUGACCUUCCUGAUGAGUUGCUCUAUGGACGGGCAGGUUAUCUGUAUGCCUUACUCUAUCUGAACACAGAGAUUGGUCCUGGCACCGUGAGUGAGUCAACUAUUAAAGAGGUGGUCACUGCUAUAAUUGAGUCAGGCAAGAGCUUGUCGAGGGAAGAGAGGAAGACUGAACGCUGUCCUCUUCUGUAUCAGUGGCAUGGGAAGCAGUAUGUGGGGGCGGCCCAUGGCAUGACUGGCAUCUAUUACAUGUUAAUGCAGCCAGAAGCAAAAGUGGACCAAGAAACCUUGACAGACCUUGUGAAACCCAGCAUAGAUUACGUGCGUCACAAAAGGUUCCGCUCUGGGAAUUACCCGUCUUCAUUAAGCAAUGAAACAGACCGACUGGUACAUUGGUGUCAUGGUGCUCCGGGUGUCAGCCACAUGCUGAUGCAGGCAUACAAGGUUUUUAAGGAGGAAAAAUACUUAAAAGAUGCCAUUGAAUGCAGCGAUGUGAUUUGGCAGCGAGGUUUGCUCCGGAAGGGCUAUGGGAUUUGCCAUGGGACUGCAGGAAAUGGCUAUUCCUUCCUGUCCCUGUAUCAUCUCACACAGGACAAAAAGUACCUCUACCGUGCUUGCAAGUUUGCAGAGUGGUGUCUAGACUAUGGUGCACAUGGGUGCCGCAUCCCGGACCGACCUUAUUCACUCUUUGAAGGUAUGGCUGGAGCAAUUCACUUUCUCUCAGACAUCCUGGUUCCAGAGACCUCACAGUUUCCAGCAUUUGAACUUGGCUCUUCAAAGGGAGAGAAAAAGGUGCCCAAAGAUCACUAAGAGACCUAUUCAGACCUAACACACACCAGAGUGCAUCAUGCCUGCUGCAGAGUGAGCAGUGGAACGUAAGAAGGAACAGUGAAGCGCAAACACCUACCUAGCUCCUUUCGCUCCAGAAACCUUCCAGUUAGAGCAUGAGUGAUGACCGUGUUGUAACAGAGACCCUUACUGGUGUAAAUAGAAAUUCUUCACAUUUGGAACCUCUGUAGUGUUGCAUGUUACUCGGUGUUGUCUGUAAGUGUAAGUCUCCUGAACAGAGCUAGCUGUGCAUGGGAACAGCGACACCACUUUUCUCUCUGUACAUAAUAUUUCAGGUGGAUGUCUCCCCUAUUGACUAGCCAGCAGGAAGCAUCAGGCAGCCUCUUGGGCUGCAAAGAUUCUCGGUGACAUCCUACUGUCGGUACUUUUCCUGCAUUUCUUGUGGGUGCCUUUCAGGUAUAGGAAAAGAAACCGAAGAAUUAAGAAGGAAUUGCUCAGAUUUUUGGGAGAGUAGGCCUAUGAAGUAAGAGAUGGACAACCCCUCUGUCUUUUGAGUGUUUUCAGGAACCCAAGAGAGCCCACUGCAGCCCUUUGGGACCUCUGAUUCUCAGCAAAGGUUUCUUGCCCAAGGGCUUAAGUUCCAAAGGCUCCUUGAGAUUCUCAGAAAUUUCUGCCUGGGAGAAACUGACUCUGUGACAUCAGAGGGAUUUUUUAUGGCUGCAUAGCAAAGCAGUGAAGAAGGUCAACAGUUCUAGCAUACAUACCCAGCUAUGUAUGAUGAAGACAAGCUAGUCUUUAUUUUAUCAACACUCUAACUUUAUCCUUAAGUUUAGUGGAUCCAAUUCCAGAUAGUUGAGAAGCAGAAAGGUGACUCAACUGGAUCCAUAGCCCUGUCAUUUAACUCAUUUCAAAGUUUGCUGACUUAUCAGCAUACAUUUGGGCUACAUAGAGUUGUUUUUUUUUUUUUUUUUUGCCUACUGUUUGGGUGAUUAAUAUCUCAUAAAGGAACUGCAUUAGUCACAGAAGUGCUAGCAUACAUUUUUUUACAUGGGACACAUGUGGGAAACAUUACAUUCCAGCCAAGAAAAUUAAAAUAGCUUCUGGCUUCA